AUGCAUGCGAAAUAUAUGGACAAAAGAGCAUUCUUCUCUGUACUAGUUGAGGUGAUGGGAACCCUUUUGGGUCUUGCAUUUCUGAAGGGUCCCUUACUAUAUCUUUUUUCUGGUCUCACAGUCACCACCUCCUUGCUAAUUAUAAUCAUUGGCAGGAUGGACCCGGGUGUUCUUUCCAGGCGAAACUCAAAUUACCACAAACAUGUUUUUUUCAGUGGAUUUGCAUACAGAACAGUAGAAGACGAUAAAAAUAUACUAGGCAGAGGAUUUGAAAGAAAGGGGCAGACACUUCACACAGAAGUAUUCUGUAAGACAUGCGGGAUAUUUAGGCCCUCUGGUGCAUCUCACUGCAGGGAGUGUGAUAGAUGCAUUUCUGUCAUGGACCAUCACUGUCACUGGCUGAGUAAUUGCAUUGGGGAGAAGAAUUACCCGUACUUCAUGAAUCUUCUGUCUUUGGAGUUUAUCCGGGGAGUGGUUCUGGUUUACUUUAGAUUCUCACAGGAUUUCCCUGAACUUAAAAUGUCCUACUCUUCUGCUUACUUUUACAUCACUUUAGUAUGGUCUUCUGUUCUGGCUGCAUUUAUUUCUUCUCUCUUUGGGUACUUUAUGUGGCUGAAUCUGCAGGGAUAUACGUCCAGGGGGUUUUGCAAGCAGAAACAAGUUCGUGCGAAAGAUUAA